CCUCACCCCCUUUCCAUAACCCGAAGAAUAUAAUAAAAUUGCUUGAUCCAGAAACCCUAGAGUGCUCUUUCCUCUCUUCCAAUUUCCUUAAUAAUCCACGCUUCCUAUAAUAUAAAUACCCACUUUCCCAAAUCCCUCUCUUCCGCUUCUCGUCUCUCCCUUGAUCCUCUCUUCACUCCUUCUCUGUCUCUCUCAGCGCUCAGAACUAGCCAUGUCGGACGAGGAGCACCACUUCGAAUCCAAGGCUGACGCCGGAGCUUCCAAGACCUAUCCUCAGCAAGCUGGCACCAUCCGCAAGAACGGUUACAUUGUCAUCAAGGGCAGGCCCUGCAAGGUUGUGGAGGUUUCCACUUCCAAGACUGGAAAGCACGGACAUGCCAAGUGUCACUUUGUUGGUAUUGAUAUCUUCACUGCCAAGAAGCUUGAGGAUAUUGUUCCCUCGUCCCACAAUUGUGAUGUUCCCCAUGUCAACCGUACUGACUACCAGCUGAUUGAUAUCUCUGAGGAUGGAUUUGUGAGUCUGCUGACUGAGAAUGGUAACACCAAGGAUGACCUGAGGCUUCCAACCGAUGACAGUCUGCUUACGCAGAUCAAGGAUGGCUUUGGUGAGGGGAAGGAUCUGGUUGUUUCUGUCAUGUCUGCUAUGGGAGAGGAGCAGAUUUGUGCUCUCAAGGACAUUGGUCCAAAAUAGUCACGCUAUGGUUCUUCUGGAACACUUUUAGUUUUCAAAUUGAAACUGGGACGGUUAAUAGUAUGUUUGGAGGUCACCAUUCAGGAGCUUUUCUUGAUUAGAGGUGGCCCUGGCUUAUAAGUGGAUGUUGCCAUUAAUUAGCUUGUCAUUAUCAAUAUUUUUGUUCUGUUUACUGUCUGAAGAACCAUGCCCAAUUUCAUGGUAUUGGUGAGUUAUAUUGGAGACUGUAUAGUACCUUUACUUGUUUUAGACUUGCAAUUUCAUGGUUUGGUUUUUGCCCGCA